AACAAGGUGAUCGAUAAUACUUAACGGUUGACAGUUUCUCCGACAAUUUAGACGCAGAAUGGCACUGAGCAAAAUAAGGUCACCACUAGGUUUGAAAGAUUAUGAAGACGAUGUACAAAGAAACGGUCACCGUCCGCUGAGUCCGACACAGCGUUACAAGUAUGAGCACCAACGGCUCUUAACCUUUGCCAAUUGGCCUGACUGGACACCUGCUUCUGCUGCAAGGCUGGCCAAGAACGGCUUUUUCUACACCGGCAGGGACGAUGAGGUGGAAUGUUUCGCUUGUAAACGCAAUGUUCGAGGUUGGAAAUUGGGCGAAAACCCCGAGAACAAACACCACCAAGUAUCACCAAACUGUCGCUACAUAAAUGGGGCCAAUAAAGAGAAUAUUCCAAUAUAUGUUGAUGUUUCGUCUCCCGAAGAAAAUGCAGGACUUCAAAGAACAAUCUACGCCCCUCUUGGUCUUCGGCCUCUUGGGACUCGGGUGCCACAAGGUUCCCAACAUGCUGAGGGUUCUUUGAGAGUCCCAAAUGGAAAUUCAAUGACAGGUGAAGUCACCUAUGGCACUGAGAGUGAAAUAAGAAACCGUGCUGAUGAAAGGGCAGAAUCACGAAACGAGGCUACCAGAAAUACACCGCGGUCUGCUGUUAAUCCAAACGCUCAAGUCGGCGUUGACACCACUGACAAUCUUGCCGUCAGGUCACCGCCAACUGAAACGCGUAAAAACAACCCCCAAUCCCCUUACACUCCUUUUCCGAGACUUUCAAGUAUUCAUGAGAGUGAGGACUUUAUGUUGAUUAUGAGGGAGAAUGAAUUAACUCGUAUGCAAACCUAUGCUAAUUUCCCAGACAGUUGUCCUGUCAGACCCAGUGAACUCGCAAAGGCGGGGUUCUUUUAUUUAGGAACUUCAGAUAUUGUGAAAUGUGCUUACUGCGGCGGUAUGAUCAGAUCAUGGGACAGGGGCGAUGACGCAUUUGGAGAACAUAUGAAACAUUUUCCUUCGUGUCCGUUUGUACAACAAAGACAAAGCCGAGAGCAGAGUUCGACUCAGCAGAACAAUUUAUUGUUUGACGAUAACCCAAUAGUGACUGAACGACCAAAACAUCCCCAGUAUGCAAUUGAACAGAACAGGAUUUUGACUUUUGAAAACUGGCCUAUCAGUAAGCGGCAAACACCAAGAGAACUUUCCAUUGCGGGGUUCUAUUACGCCGGCUUUGGGGACAAUGUGAAAUGCUUUUUCUGUGGCGGGGGACUGAGAAACUGGGAGCCACAGGAUGACAUAUGGACUGAGCAUGCGCGUUGGUUCCCAAAUUGUGGGUAUGUGAAACAAUGUAAAGGAGUGUCUUUCAUCAGAGAAAUACUGCAACGCAAUUCCGCCAAUGGGCAAUAUUCCGGCCAAGCAGGUUGGUCCCCACAUACCCAUCAGAUAGAGGCAAGAGAAAUAAAAGCUCGGUUAGAUGCACCAUCUGUUCAGAAAGUAAUAGCAAUGGGUUACUCCCGAGAUUUAGUAAGAAAGGCUAUAGAAAAUAGACUUACAACUGUUGGUGACGAUUUUCCUAAUCUACAGUCUUUAAUAGAAGCUCUUCUUAAAAUUAAAGAGGAACAAGAACUGGGAGAUAGUAAUGGGGAUACCAGUUUGACAAAUGAUCCUCAAAAUGUUACAGUAGCCAGGGGUCAAUCAGACCAGUCACCUCCAAAUGACACAGCACCCUCCGCCAAUAUAAAUAAUCCCCCUGAACCCAUUGACCCCGCUGACUUAUCAGACAAACUAAGAGAAGAAAAUAAACUUUUAAAAGAACAGAGAAAAUGUAAAAUAUGUAAGGUGAGAGAGGCUGAGGUUGUUUUCUUGCCUUGUGCUCAUCUUGUGUGUUGCAAUCCAUGCUCUCCCUCUCUCAGAAAAUGCCCGGUUUGUCAAUCCAAGAUCAGGGACACAGUGAAAACCUAUCUGUGCUGAUUGGAUGGAGACAAGAUGACGUAUUUGUAGAGAUUGACACUAACUUUAGGACAUGGGACAUAAAUUGGUCUUUCUUGACAUAGACAAGUGAACCCAAUGUCUGAUGUGGUACAUUCUGAACAAGUGCUAAUCCGUGAAUGAGCUGAGCGGGUGGAGAAAGUACAAACAAGGUGAAUAACUGAUAUUUUUAAACCUUAUCACAUGGACACAGUCUGCGCGUACGUCGCAAAGUGGAUGCUACAUACCGACUACAUUAAAUCUCACUCAGUACUGUCAACCUUUCAGCAUGUCAUCAAAACAUACAAAAAACAAUAAGAUGGGUGAACCUUCACCCAAACGCACGCAUAGCGAAAUCUCCAAUACAAGUGCUGAAGAAAAUAACAGCAUUUUCUUAGCGGAAUUAGAAGAAAUAAAAUCUUAUAUGAAAGACAUGAUAAACAAAGACGAACUGAAAGAACUAGUAACCACCUUAGUUACAGAAAUGUUAAGUGUGUGUCCAUGAUAAGACCAGUCAGAGGGUGGCAAGGUGGGGGUCUACAGAUUUCAA